AUGAUUCGACCUCGACGACGGCCGUCCACCGACGGCGUCGACGGCGAUGGAACGGCGCUCGAGCGCGCGCGGGCGAGGGCGAACGCGGGACGCCUGCGAAGCGCGAUGCUCGGAAGCGCGGUGGCGGUGGUGCUGUACGGCGCGGCGGGACGGUGGGGCGGCGCGGCGCGGCGCGGCGCGGAGGCAGAGUUCGUGAGCGAUGACGCGGCGGCGUACGCGUACGGGACGGCGACGGAGGAGUUUUCGGGGAUGAAGCUCGAUGCGUUCGCGAGAGCGCUGUCGAGGGUGGUGAUCGCGGACGUGGGCGCGGAGAUGGGCGAGGCGCCUCGGACGUCUGGGGCGGCGCCGAGGAGACGCGCCGACGGUUUCGUGAGGGUCGUCGCGACGCAUCAUAAGACGGGCACGGCGCUCAUGCGGGACGUACUCGAGACGAUUUCACGAAACUAUUCGUUCUUUGACGUUCGCGCCGCGGAGGAUCGUGCGGAGAGGUCGAGCGAGGAGGAGGACGAGACGUCUCGGAGUAUGUUCACAAACGCGGAUAUAGUCUUUGACUAUCACUUUGGGAAGCGCUUACCGAAGUAUUUGAUCUCAGAUGCGCGAGAGCGCUCGCUCGAAUCAAUCAUAUCGACGUCGAACGCGCUUGACUACAGGAUUGUUCACGUCGUUCGAAAUCCUCCAGACGUCAUAGUGAGCGGCGCGGCGUAUCAUCGUCGAGCGCCAUUGGACGAGAAUUGGCUGACACCGUUCGCUGACGUUCUCUCGAACGCGACGCCAAAGGUUGCGAUAUCGGCUGAAAUGUCAUUUUCGGACGACGAAUUGCGCAUGCUCGCUCUUGCGCACGUCGAGUGCGCGGUAGAUCGAAAAUGCUUGAAUGUCCGGUUGGAGGAACUCGAAUCCAAUUUUGAUGCUGUCCUCGCGCGCGCUCUUCUUUUUCUGGAGUUUCCAUCGAGCAAAGUUCGCACCAUGGUCCGAGCGGCGAGUGUGCACGAUAUGAAACAAUGGUCGGACGACGAACUUCGUCAAAAUGAGCAUUACACGAAGAAGAGCGAUCGUUCUGCGUACUAUCGGGCUAUCUCUUCCGACGCGAUGAUUUCGGAGACUCUGAUGCACCUACAAAAGGCGAUGAAUUACACGGUGAGCGAGCGGUGA